GGCUGUACCAGCCUCCAAGUUACAAUCAGCUUCCCCUGGGCUUCCAGUAAAAUUCCCACCCUGGGAGUGCACAGGGCUUAGCAUGCAGCUGAAGUGCUGUGAGCAUGUGGGACCGUGCAGGACAGACACCUGGGUGUACCACAGGGCAAAUGAGGCUGGAAGCUCCAGGGAAAAUGAGACUGGACUCUGUCACAGAGCUGCUCUUUCUCCUUCCACCCACCUUGGGUAUAGCAGACCCUGUCGCCUUCCUGCCCUGCUGCUCUCUGACCGCUCUUUUCUUCUUCAGGAUCAUCAAAACUGUGGUCAAGACCUUCAAGUAUUUCUUCGGCUUGAGGUUUGAGGUGAAGGGACUGGAGAACUUCAAGGUGGAGGGCCCUGCUAUCAUUGUGUCCAACCACCAGAGCAUCCUCGACAUGAUGGGGCUGAUGGAGGUCCUGCCCGACGACUGUGUCCAGGUGGGCAAGAAGGAGCUGAUGUACACCGGUUCCGUGGGGCUCAUCAUCUACCUCGGCGGUGUCAUCUUCAUCAACAGGAAGAGCACCACCAGCGCCAAGAUGGUGAUGGCAGAGGUGGCCAAGACUAUGACAACUGAAAAUGUGAAGGUGUGGGUGUACCCAGAGGGCACAAGGAACUGCACUGGGGAUUUGCUGCCGUUCAAGAAAGGAGCAUUUCACCUCGCCGUCCAGGCACAGGUCCCGGUGAUCCCUGUGGUUUAUUCCUCCUUCACUACCUUCUAUAACCCAAAGAAGAAGCUAUUUACAUCAGGCAAAAUCAAGGUUGAGAUUCUACCUCCAAUAGAGACCAAAGGCCUGACAUCAGACGAUGUCUCCGACCUCACUGACAGAUGUUUCCGUACCAUGAGGGAGACCCUUUUCAGGCUGUCGGGCCGUCCAAGUGAGGCCAAGGACUCAUCCUAGAUGCUUCUCCAGUGGCGUCACUGUGUGGCGGUGGCUGAAGGGACCCGUCUGUUGCCAAAUACUCAAGGAACUUCUCUUCCUCUGCAGCGACUUCGAACUCUGGGAUCACCACGGACUGGCACACACACGGGGUAUCAAGCCAGCGCUGAGGUUCCCCAUUGAGUGGAUUUCUCCCGUGGAUUCAUUAUCUCGCAAUGAACCGUCUUCUUUUUCUGAAUUUCUCAGGCGUCAAACUUGUGCUACCAAAGGGCUCAAUGACCAGAGAGGUGAGUUCCCCCAGCUCAGGCAGCUGAUGUGGGGUGACAAUGAAAACCUGGCUGGAGGCAGGGCUCUGCCUCACGUCAGUGCCCCUGCACCCGUGUUUGUGCCGGCCUGGCCCUACCCUGAUGGAAACCACCAGGCAGCAGUUUGUAUCUGCACAACCUUGAUGCUGCUCGAACGCGGCUGAGAAUCCGGUGAAAAUCCAGACUCUGGCUCGCUGGGAGCACGAUGUCCUCCCGGCGCGCUGCCCUGCGGUGCCAGGGGCAGGACCUGUCUCCUUGAGAGUCGUCCUCGGGUGGCAGCAGCACCUUGUGCUGGGGUUUUGUCUUGCCCAGGCACUCCUGAGCCAAGCCUUUUGCUUCUGAAGGAGGCACUUGGGGUCAGUAACCUCAGCCGGGCUGCGGAAGGGAAUGUGUGGGGCCUUACAGUGUUUCUUUGGGCUCGAUUGCCUUGUCUGAACCGGGGCCCUUGCUCAGGACAGGGUACAGCGGUGGAGAGGGAAGCUGCAGUCUGAGCAAGCCAGCACUGUAUGGUCUGGGCCGAGUUUAGCUGAACAUGACACCCCACCCUUGUUUCUACCGCUCAGAGCCACCAGCUUGAUUUUUAAAAUCAGGACAAACCUGUCCUCGUGUGUGACUUGUUUGUGGCCCACCUCUGGAUACCAGGGUGGGCUCGGGGCUGCUUCGGUGUUGGGGAAAGUGCCCCCAGCUCCCUGCCGUGGUGGUUCAGCUGCCGAUGCAAAGGGCCCUGCCGUUGCUCCUUUUGCCACUUGUCAUGGUCAGCACUGGCCAAGAGAUGGUGCCUCUCCCGUGUGUCUUUGCUGCUGCUCUGCAAGGCUUGUAAAACUCCUACAGAGCCACAGCUGUAAGGGGGCUCGGGAGGCUUCAGCUCUCCUUUUUGGGGCAAAUGGGCUUUUUUCUCUGUUCAGAUAAAGGGGGUUCCCCCGUGCUUUGAGGUGAUGGGUCAAAAGGGCUCCUGGAUCCACGGCUGGGAGCUGCAGAAGUGUUGGUGCCUUCUGCGAAGAGCAGGGUUGGGGCAGGGCCGUGGUUCCAGGGAACCUUCCCCUCUCACUCGGGGUCAGGGAGGCUUUAGCCCUCCUGUUUGUGGCCCACCGGUGUUUAACCUUGAGGUGGGCUACUCAGGCAACCAACGCAACUGGGUUUUGCAGCCCAGCUGGGGCUGCACUGGUGGAAUUGCAGUCGUGGGGCAUUUGGGGGCUCAAGCCUCAACAGGGAAAGGCAGGGAGGCCCCGAGGGAGCUGGGGCCCCUCGGGCUGAGCUGGUGCCUUGGCGGGGGCCAGGGGGCUUUACCAGAGGGGCCUUAGUACAGACUCAGGGGUCAGACCCGCUGUGGGACGGGUUGGGGUGGGAGGAUGGGAACGGAACCAGCACUUUGUAAGAGCAGCAGAUAAAGGGCUGUCGUGGAGGUAGAACCCAGGAGGCUCCUAGGAGAGCUCCUGGGGUUGGGGGGGACAUAACCACGUCCACCGAGCGACUCCUGCAGCACCCGUCCGUCCCUGGGAGGAGGGAGCGGUGCCUCAGGGUGCGGUUUUCUGCUGUUCACUUUUCAUCGGGGUGAGAAUAAUGUCAUGUGCUUUAAAGAAAAACAAAG